AUGCCGCUUCCGUUCCUCGGCAAUAAGCUGCACCUUCCCAAGUCGAAGCCAUGGAUCAAAUUCCAGGAAUGGUCCAAGACAUAUGGUCCCAUCUUUACGAUAUGGAUCGGGCGCAAACCAACAGUCGUCAUAUCGGACCCGAACGUCGCUGCUGAGCUGAUGGAGAAGCGGAGUGCAAAGUACUCGUCGCGCCCGCCUAUGAUAGCAAUGGGAGAAAUCCUAUGGGACAAUGCAAGCAUACUGGUCCAGCCAUAUGGCAAGGAAUGGAGUGUGAGGAGAAAGCUACUCCACCAGGCCGUGACACCUAGUGCACUGAGAUUAUACAAGCCCGUACAAACAGCAGAGGCAUCGCGACUAUGUUGUCAGCUACUGGAAAGCCCGGAGAACUGGGAGAAGCUCCUCGAACGUUUCACCUCCAGCAUUGUCUUCUGUGUCGCAUAUGGCCAUCGCAUAGACUCUUUGAACGCCGAGGUUAUACGCCAACGCUUCGAGUUCAUGCAUGUAGCGGCAUCGCUCAAUGUACCUGGCAAAUACCUUGUUGAGUCGUUCCCCAUCUUGAAGCACGUUCCAGACGUUCUAGCUCCAUGGAAAGCAGACAUCAAAGCCAAAGGUAGAAAAGAAGCUGCUGCAAAUAUGGCUCUCGUGGAUCUGGUGCGGUCUGACCUUACACGAGCAAAGAGCCAAGGCGAUGAUAUCCCCGACUCGCUGUGCAAGCUAUUGUUGGAGUUGCGGGAGAAGGAACAUAUUCCGUUGUCAGACCGCGACUUUUCUUACAUUCCCGCAUCGCUCUUCGGCGCAGGAUCAGACACUACAGCCUCAACACUCUGCACUGCCUUUCUAGCGCUAGUCACGCAUCCAGAGACCCUCCACGCCGCGCACAACGAACUCGACGCCGUCGUCGGCCCCGACCGUAGCCCCGACUUCACUGACGAAUCGCAUCUUCCGUACAUCCGCGCUCUGGUCAAAGAAGUUCUACGUUGGCGUCCCGUCGCCGUUCUCGGAGGUACACCGCACGCCUCCACCGAAGACGACCACUACGAAGGCUACUACAUACCCAACGGAACCACCAUCCUGGGAAACUCCUGGGCCAUCAACCUAAAUGAGGAAUACUACCCCAACGCCCACCACUUCGACCCCACCCGUUUCCUAGACGACGCACUAGCCCAACGCUCAAAAGCCCCAACGCCGCUGACAGGGAAACCCCAUCCUUCGAAAUCAGGUCACUCGUCGUUUGGAUGGGGUCGACGUAUUUGCCCUGGGGCUAACCUAGCGGAGAAUAGCCUUUACAUUGCACUGGCGAAGACGCUUUGGGCAUUCGAUAUCCAGCCUAGGAAAGGUGUUGACUACGAUACUUUUGCGUAUACUGAGGGCUUCAAUAUUCGGCCGCAGAAGUUUGUCUGCGAUAUCAAGGUUAGGACAUGA